UAAUAAAAUACAUAGGAACAAUACAAAAUGGUUACUUCUUAUUAUAUGAUGAAAUUAUCGGCGAACAAAUCUAAUAUUGAUUUUAAUAAACAUUUCGUCGAUGUAUACAAUAAAACGCAGCGCAGAAAAUUAAAUAAGACGAAUAGCUGCAGGGUGUGCUCGAAAACAGCCGACAUAACAAUUUCCGAGUGUGAACACCCCGAGGAAAUAGCUGAGACCCUACGAACGCUCGGUGACAUUGAACUCACAGAAGACGAUCCUAAACAUCUAUGUAAGAUGUGUUACGAGUUCGUUAAAGCCGCUAUAUUAUUUAGAAAGGUCGCGAAUAUAACUAAUGAAACAUUGAAACAGACUAAAGAGUUGCCUCCUCAGUCGGACGGUGAUGACUACAAUGAUAAUGAUUAUAUGGGAAGAGAUUCGCCGGAUUACCUAAAAGACAUAAAAAUACCCGAAGUCGACCCUGUGAAGUUGUCUGCUAAAGUCCAAUGUGAAGUUUGCAACAAGGUUUUAACUAGAACAUAUUAUAAGGAGCACAUGACCAUGCACGACCCCAACCAUCACAAGUAUGUUUGUGAUGUCUGCGGUAAGUCAUUCAGACUGCGCUGUGCAUAUCAUAACCACAGUCUCAGACAUGGCAAAGAUUUCCCAUUCAAAUGCCAGUUCUGUCCGUACAGAGGCAGGUAUGCGGAGCUGCUCAAAACGCACAUGAGAACUCACACGGGGGAUUACAGGUAUAUGUGCACGGAAUGCCCGGCCAGGUUCCUCUUUAAGAGCAAUCUAAACACACACAUGUUUAAGCACAAGGAACCUCAGUUUAAAUGUGAUUCAUGUAAGCGAGCGUUCCACACCCAGAGAAUGUUGAAGAGUCACUAUGACGCUGACCAUCUGGGAAUAAAGAAUGAUGUGUGCAACAUGUGCGGAAAAGCAUUCGGAUACAGAAAGGCUCUGAUGAAACACCAGCGACAUGUCCAUAAACGUGAGAAGAUAUCGUUUGGUAGAAUGCCAGCAUAUCUGAAGGAGCAAAUGCAUUCUGGGAAUACAUAAAAAAUAUUAUUUAAGCAUUAGAUAGCUUGAAAAUCUCGUAGGAAGUGAAUCCAAUAUGUAGAUUUGUAGUAUAUUUAUAAA